AUGAUUUUUGUAGAAGGCAGUGCGUCCCCUCCAUCUCCAUUCGUUCACGGGCCAUACAAAAGAGACCUGUCUGCUCUCAGAGAUUCAAAGAUUCGUGAGCUCAGUAAGCUCAUGGAUCCAGAUAAAUCCAAACAGCAGCUAGCUGAGGAGGUGAGGCGAUUGCGCCUACAAUGGGCCGAGCGGGCCGACCGGGCUGAGCCAGAGACACCGGGGGCUGUUCGAGCCGGGGAGCUGGUGGCAGACGGCACUGGCACUCUCACUGAUAAUGAGCGAUCCUUGGCCAGCGUCGGCACUCCUGUCGCCUCGUCGACAUUGUUGGCUGCCUUGCCCCCGCCGUCCGUGAGCAGUGUUUUGGCCCCGGUUGUGGCUCAGGCGUCGUCAGCUGCAGGCCCUGCAGGCCCUGUUGCAGGCCCUAGCAGCAGAGACGACACAAGUGCUGCACUUCUCAUUAUUCGGGGCAAUGGCGUUCAAGAGCUUCUGCGAUCUGUGGAGCACUUACUGUCUCAGCCGGACCUUCAGUCAGUUCGUGGUUGUCCUGAGCACAGAGUUGUUCAGGGGGCUGCAGCCUCUAUGAGGCCUCGAUGCUCCACCAGCCAAUCUCUAUCUCGCCCUGAGAAGAAGCCCUCAGGAUCGACUGAUAGUAAUUUGGGCGUGGUGCAAACAAUCAGUUCGGACUCAUCAGCCUCUGAUGACAAUCGGAGGCCAAAUGAGCCUGCCCUCAGGCACUUCAACUCUAAGAAGUCCGCAUGUGACUGGAGAACUUCUCUCCCCUCAACCUCACGUGCAG